GUGCUCCACGUGUGCGUAAUGACGUUACGCCGCCCCCUGCCUGGAAACCCCGUAGCCUCGCGCUGUGUUACCGUUGGUCGGAGGAGCUGGUGUUACUGAGAGAAGCGGCAGAGACACAAGAGCCGCCGCGGAGAAAUGAAUAACCAGGGCGAGGACGAGAUCGGAAAACUUUUUGUUGGUGGCCUCGAUUGGAGUACAACGCAGGAAACCCUGCGUGGUUAUUUCUCCCAGUAUGGGGAAGUCGUAGACUGUGUGAUAAUGAAAGACAAAACAACAAAUCAGUCAAGAGGCUUUGGAUUCGUAAAAUUUCAAGAUCCAAAUUGUGUUGGAACUGUCUUAGCCAGUAGACCUCAUACAUUGGAUGGCAGGAAUAUUGAUCCAAAGCCAUGCACGCCCCGGGGAAUGCAGCCUGAGAGAUCUCGGCCACGAGAAGGAUGGCAACAAAAAAGUCCCAGGACUGAAAACAAUAGGAGUAACAAGGUAUUUGUUGGUGGAAUACCACACAACUGUGGGGAAACUGAACUUAGAGAUUACUUCAAGCGUUUCGGAGUGGUUACUGAAGUUGUGAUGAUUUAUGAUGCUGAAAAACAGAGGCCAAGAGGUUUUGGAUUUAUAACUUUCGAGGACGAACAAUCAGUGGACCAGGCUGUCAACAUGCAUUUUCACGACAUCAUGGGCAAAAAAGUGGAAGUGAAACGUGCGGAGCCUCGUGACAGUAAAAGCCAAUCUCCUGGCUCUCCAGGAUCCAACCAAUGGGGUGGUAGAGCCAUGCAAAGUGCAGCCAAUGGAUGGACAGGACAGACUGCUCCCACGUGGCAGCAGAGUUACAGUCCUCAAGGUAUGUGGAUGCCAACAGGACAGACAAUUGUCUUCUCCACAGGCGGGUAUGGGCCUACUGCGGGCCGGGGUGCUCCUCCUCCACCUCCGCCUUUUACUCCCUUCCUAGUGUCAACUCCUCCAGGAAGCUAUCCUGCACAGCAAGCCUUUCCACCAGGAUAUGCAACGCCACCUCCAUAUGGCUAUGGCUAUGGCCAACCCCCUCCCCCUCCUGAUCAGUUCGUCCCAUCAGGAGUUCCUCCACCGUCUGGUACUCCUGGAGCAGCGCCAUUGGCGUUCCCUCCACCCCCAGGGCAGUCAGCUCAGGAUCCCAGUAAACCCCCUGGUGGUCAGCAAGACUUUGCUUUUAGCCAAUUUGGAUAUGGACAGGACAUGAGUGGGUUUGGACAGAGUUUCUCUGACCUCAGCCAACAGCCCCCCUCUUAUACGACAGGACCCACUACACCAGCAUCGGCAGGCCCGGCCGCUGGGGGGAGUGGCUUGGGACGAGGGCAGAAUCACAAUGUGCAAGGAUUCCACCCUUAUAGACGUUAACGUAAGGGAAACGUGUGCACAGUGGAGACUAGGACUCAUCCACCUCUGAACUUGUGACAAUCGCCUGGUGAAGACGCAUCCUGCUAGUAGAGACUUGUGGAGGUUGUAUGUUUGAAGGAAAAGCUGUGGGUGUUUGGACAAGAGUUUUUCCAUCAUUUUUGACCCAUCAGCACAAAUAAAAGCCAAUGAGUCACUGGUUCCAAACAGGGUUUUGAAAACAUCUGCAGCUUUAAUGGAACUCUUCAGGUUUAUAGGUUCAUUUUUGUUUUCUUUUGUUUUUGUUUUUUGAGGGAGGGGGGGAUUUUUUUUCUGAGCCUUUGUUUUACCAUAAUUGUAAACUUUUAUGUUUAAAGAUAUAAAAUAUAUACAUUUAAAGAUUGUGAAUUUUUUAAAAGAAAAUUUUCUACUAUGUAUGCAGGUUUAUUUUUUAAUUUAAUGGCAGGGUUUCCGGUGACACUGGAGUUCAGAAGAAUUUUAACUCCUUGCUUCUAAAUAUAUUUUUUUCCUUUUAAUUUUAUUUUACUUUGGGGGUUGUGGGUUGUUGAGUGCAAUAAGUCAACAUCUCCGAAUUACCCAAUUCCUACUGAGUGUAGUUCUUGAUUUUGUUACUUGACAUGAGGCAGAAUGCAGGGAACAGCCACCUGCUCCAAAGUCACAAUGCAGAGACUUGAGUUGUGCCCCGUGCUUAUUGCAUCUCUUUUGCAAAUGUUUUGGGGUAAUGGAGCCAUCUCUAGAUGUAAAUUCCUCAGGCUGAAGGUGUGCAGUGCAUUUUGCACUAACUGGUGAAUACCUCCUGGUUUGAAUAAAGAAAAUAAAUCCAUUUGGAUUAGAA